AUGGAUACACCUAAACAUGAUAGCUGGUUGGUGAGGAAGAUUUUCGAGGCUAGAAAAUGGUUAGUUGCUGGAAUCCAAGAACUGAAGACUUAUGUUACUCAGGGGAAAUACAAUAUCAGUAAAGUAUAUACUUCAAUCCAACCACAGUUUCCAAAGGUUUUAUGGAAGGCAUUAUUCAUAACACAAGGCAUUCUGCCUCGACAUCAAUUCGCCUUGUGGAUGGCAAUUCACCAAAGAUUAGCAACAGUGGAUAGAUUAACCAAAUGGGGGAUACUAGUGCCCAAGUCUUGUGUCCUAUGUACCACUGAUGAAGAGGAAACACAUGAUCAUUUGUUCUUUGAGUGCCCAUACUCGAAGUUUAUAUGGCAGAAUCUGCUAAGCUUGUUUGUUACUGAUAGACAAAUAGGCAGGUGGCAGGAAGAAGUCGAAUGGCUGUCUACAAAAAUAAGGAGCAGGAACAUACAAUGGAAAAUAUUGGGGAGUGCAUUCGCAGCAGCAGUCUACCAUAUAUGGACGGAAAGGAACCUUAGAAGAUUUCAAAAUACAAGGAAAGAGAAUAGGGAUAGAGUUAGAGAAAUUGUCUUAAAUUGCACAUUAUGGGAGAAAGACACUGUAAAUGGAGGGCAAUACUAG